UAACAGUGAACAUAGCGAACGAAAGAACGAGAGAGAAGUGAAACGGGGAAUCAGGUCAGUUUGUUCGUUUUAAAGAGUCGUUCGUUUGAACUGAUUCAUUCGCGAACGGGCCAUCUCUAUUGCUGAUAAAGAGGAGACUACGCCACAGAAUUGCCCCAUCUUCCACUCAAGAGUGAGCGAAGGAAUAAAGACAGAGGAGACAGAAGUGAACGGUCGAAGGAAAACAAGGAGAAAAUAAACAACUGAUUCAAGAAAGAAGAGAGUGCAACUGAUUCUACAUUUAAAGAAAAAGGAGAAAGAGAAACACACAGAGGCAGAUGGCGUCUGAUGGAGACAUGAACAUAUUCAAAGCAGAAGGCAGAAAAAACUGGAUUGUAGGUUUCAUCUCAUUCUGGAUAUCACUUACAGUCUAUGGAGUUGAUGAAAACUGCUAACAUGUCAUAUGAAAAGUCUUGGAGAAGAAAACCUUUGAACACUGUAACGUUUCUGAUAAUCAUGAUGAAUGUCUUCAGUGUUCUUAGCCUCACAUGUCAUCGUGCUGAGUACUUAAUUGGGAAAGAAUGCUGUCCAAAGUGUCCUCCUGGAAGUCGAGUUAAAACAGAUUGUACAGAGUUCAGAAGUACAUCCUGUCUGUUCUGUAUUGAUGGAAGUUUCAUGGAUGAACCAACAGGACGUAAACAGUGCUUCCCCUGUACAAACUGUGAUUCAGGUUCUGGUUUGAGGAUAAAGACAUCAUGCACAACAUUAUCAAAUACAGUUUGUGAACCUCUGGAUGGAUUCUAUUGUACAGACUCUGAUAAAGACAACAAACACAACUGUAUAGCAGCACAGAAACACAAAAGCUGUGAACCAGGACAAUAUAUCAGACUCAAAGGAACGGCCUUCACAGACACUGAGUGCACUGACUGCAGUAGUGACACAUUUUCAGAUGGGACAUCUACAUCUUGUCAGUCACAUACAAAAUGUGAUUCACCAAAUCUUCAGCUGAUAAAAGCAGGAACUGCUUCAACUGAUGCAGAAUGUGGAGAAAAAAGUUCAAACACAGCAGUAAUUUUGGGCCCUGUCAUUGGGGCAGUUGGAUUAGUCACACUUGUAAUUGCACUUGGGAUAUUUCGAUUUUGGUAUAAAAAUAAAAAAAGUUCUCAAAACUCAGAAGAAAGAAGAAAUGAUGAAGAUGCUGCCAAAAGGGAACCUCUGAGAGAACAGGGCCUAUCAUCAGUGAGAACAGUUCCAGGUAAGACAGUGAUGUAUUCUUUGAAACAUUCCUGACUUACACUCUGUGAUGUCUUUACAA